UUGUUUAGUGUCUCUAAGUUUAAAAUUUUGAAUAAUAAUAAUAUAUUUUUCAUACAAUGAGUAAAGUGUAUGAACAUCCUUUAGCUAAUAAUCAAGCUAUUAAAAAUUUUCAAAAAUAUUUACAAAUAAAAUCAGUUCAGCCAAAUCCAGACUAUGGGUCGUGUGUUGACUUUCUUACUGAACAAGCAAAAGAACUUGGUUUACCCAUAAAAAUUUAUGAAUUUGUCAAAGGAAAACCCAUUGUUGUGAUUUCAUGGACAGGAAUAAAUCCCGAUCUUCCCAGCAUUAUUUUAAAUGGUCAUAUGGAUGUUGUACCAGUUGUAGAGAGUGAAUGGAAGUAUGACCCUUUUGCUGCAGAAAUUGAUAAAAAUGGUAAUAUAUAUGCUCGGGGUGCUCAAGAUAUGAAAUGUGUUAGUAUCCAAUAUUUAGAAGCAAUUCGAUACUUAAAGCAAAAUGGUGUGAAAUUACGCCGAACUGUACAUAUAUCAUUUGUCCCAGACGAAGAAAUUUUUAGCGCUGAUGGAAUGGCACUUUUUGCAAAAUCACAAGAAUUUAAAGAUUUAAAUGUUGGCUUUGGGUUAGAUGAAUGUGGACCAACACCUAACAAUGAGUACGUAGUGACAAAUGGUGAACGAGUUAGCUGGACAUUGGAAAUUGUUUGCCAUGGUAAUACUGGUCACGGUUUAAUGCUGAUACCAAAUACCGCUGCAGAAAAAGUACAAUACUUAUUAAAUAAGUUUCUUGGAUACAGAGAAGAAUCAAGAAAAAAAAUGAAACAUCAUCUUUAUGAUUUGGGAAAUGUAACCUCAGUGAAUUUAACAAACAUUGAAGGUGGAGUUCAAUCAAAUGUCAUACCAUCAAAAAUUACAAUGUUAUUCGAUUGCCGUGUAACUCCAAAUGAUGCGGUGAUAUUUGACGCACUAGUUAAACAAUGGUGUCAAGAAGCUGGUGGUGAUUCAGUUACGUAUAAAUACAUAUGCAAAGAUCCUGUUCUUCCAGUCACUAAAACUGAUGAUUCAAAUCCAUUUUGGAAAGCUUUUGAAAAUAUUUUUAAAAAAAGAAACAAUAAACUGUUUGUUGGUAUUUUACCUGGAGCUUCAGAUGCGCGAUUUUUAAGAGAAAUUGGUAUUCCAGUACUUGGUAUGUCUCCUAUGCCAGAAACACCAUUUUUAUUACAUAAUCAUAACGAAUUUCUUAACGCACAAACAUUUCUAGAUGGAAUAGAGAUUUAUAAAGAACUUAUAUCAGCAAUAGCAAACGUGGAAUAAAGAGAUGUUUUACAUGUUUUAAAUGAAUCCUGAAGUAUAAUGCACUAAAUGCUAGAUUCUAAGAAUAUAAUUCCGAAAUGGUUGUGACCGUAAAAUGAAAAUUAAUUAUAAA